GCGCCUCAUCCGCAAGAGCUGCUGCUUUGUGACCGCCGCCGCCUACAACUGCGUCCUCUGCUGGUCCACCUGCGGCCUGUGGGCGACGUGCGCGCUGCCGCGGCUCAUGCGGCCGUGGUGCGGCCUGUACGCCCCGCUGGUGCUCGGCUUCGCGGUCACGGCGG